GAAUAUGCUUUUUCCCCAUCAGCAGUUGCAAUAGACUUGGAAUCUGGAGAUUCUAAGGAGGUCUUUUUCCAUGCAAAACGUGUUGCAUACAGUGUCUUGGGCACUGUAACGUUAAUUUCUGGCCAGCCAAAGGAACGUGUAAUAGUGGAGGCACGUUCAGAGUCUCAUGAUUUUUACGAGGAAGCAACAACAGAUGAUGCUGGAAGUUUUCGUCUUAGGAGUCUUCUCCCAGACAUAACUUAUACGAUAAAA